CCAGUCAGACCCGCAGGGUUGCGGGCGGGGCUUAGGAUAGAGGAAGCGGGUGGUCAGAGGUACGGUUCAGCGCCUGCGCGGGCGUUGGUCUGUUGGUUGCUACUCUCUGCUGCUGGCUGGUUGGGGCUUUACCCUGCCGAGCUACGCGAUGCGGAGGCUGCAGGUGGUGCUGGGUCACCUGAACCGCCAGCCCGCUUCGGGCCCGGAGCCGGCGCCGCGGGCCGCGCCGUGUUGGAGCGGCGCUCCGCGGAAGUCGGCGGAGGAUGUAGUGGUGGUGCACGGGCGGCGCACGGCCAUUGGCCGGUCGGGCCGCGGCGGCUUCAAGGACACCACCCCCGACGAACUUCUCUCCGCCGUCAUGACCGCGGUUCUCCAGGACGUCAAGCUGAGCCCGGCCCAGCUGGGAGAUAUCUGCGUGGGAAAUGUGCUUCAGCCUGGGGCCGGAGCAUUAAUGGCCCGAAUUGCCCAGUUUCUGAGUGACAUCCCAGAGACCGUGCCUUUGUCAGCUGUCAAUAGACAGUGUUCGUCAGGGCUCCAGGCGGUGGCCAGCAUAGCUGGUGGCAUCAGAAAUGGGUCUUAUGACAUUGGCAUGGCUUGUGGGGUGGAGUCCAUGUCCCUGGCAGACAGAGGGAACCCUGGAAAUGUUACCUCUCGCUUGGUGGAGAAGGAGAAGGCCAGAGAUUGCCUGAUUCCUAUGGGGAUAACCUCAGAGAACGUAGCCGAGCGAUUUGGCAUUUCGCGGGAGAAGCAGGAUACCUUUGCACUGGCUUCCCAGCAAAAGGCAGCCAGAGCCCAGAGCAAGGGCUGUUUCCAAGCUGAGAUUGUGCCUGUGACCACCACGGUCCGUGAUGACAAGGGCACUGAGAGAAGUGUCACCGUGGCCCACGAUGAGGGCAUCCGCCCCGACACCACCCUGGAGGGCCUGGCCAAACUGAAGCCUGCCUUCAAGAAGGGGGGCUCUACCACAGCUGGAAACUCUAGCCAGGUGAGUGACGGGGCAGCUGCCAUCCUGCUGGCCAGGAGGUCCAAGGCAGAAGAGUUGGGCCUUCCCAUCCUUGGGGUCCUGAGGUCCUACGCAGUGGUUGGGGUCCCGCCUGACAUCAUGGGCGUUGGACCUGCCUAUGCCAUCCCUGUAGCUUUGCAAAAAGCAGGGUUGACGGUGGAGGACGUGGACAUCUUUGAGAUCAAUGAGGCCUUCGCAAGUCAGGUCGUCUACUGUGUGGAGAAGCUGCAACUGCCCCCUGAGAAGGUGAACCCUCUGGGGGGUGCGGUGGCCUUGGGCCACCCGCUGGGCUGCACUGGGGCACGACAGGUCAUCACGCUGCUCAACGAGCUGAAGCGCCGCGGGAGGCGGGCGUAUGGGGUGGUGUCCAUGUGCAUCGGGACCGGCAUGGGAGCCGCCGCCGUCUUCGAAUACCCUGGAAACUGAAAGAGGCCCAGCCGAGUGCUCUGGCAGUAGCGCUACAGACGUGACACCUGGGGAGUCCCAGCACUGGUGGCAGUGGCAAGUCAAGGCACUUCAGCUGAGCUGGCAAAUGUGAACACUGAUGAGACAGUACGGGAGCGGGUGAGGUAUCGGGCUGCCGUCUGUCGGGCCCCUCUAGCUGAGACAGGCAAAGUUGGCCUGGCUCACCCAGCCUGCAAGGCCACCGUGUGAUUCCUGGGGGAAGGGGCCUGUGGAUGCGGAGUGCAGUAAACAUAGUAAACGCAUUACCUUCUCUCCGUGGCUGUGGUUUUUUCCCCCAAGAAAGAGCCAGUUCUUGGUAUGCUAGUCCUGCCUCUGCUGAAUCUGAAUAGUGACUCUUUUAACUGCUCUGGUCUCCACAGGGGCGUGGCCGACCCUUUGUAUUAGCUCUGAGGACACAGGGUGCAGGGCCUGGAAGUGGUGGGGCAGGUUGCGGGGUGGGGGGGGGUCCCUCCAUCCCAGGAGCUGUUCAGAGGUCCUCCAGUAGGUGCCUUUGCCCAGUAAACCUGCUCCAUAGCUCUGGGCCGUGUUUAUUUCCAGUAAUGGGGGUUGAGGGCAGAGGCUCAGAGCUAGUAGGGUGAUGCAUAUCUCUCGUCAUACGAGCCUCGGCCCCGGAGCCGCAGGGUGCCGGAUUUCUCACCGAGCACGCCUUCCACCACCAGCGUGGACUCGUACAGCUCACAGCUCCUGUGGGGAGCAGGGGCGGAGAUGAGUUGGGGGCCCUGGGCCAGGGCUCCAGAGGCAGUGCCAGCAAGGCUGGGAGGGCCGUACCUGGCGGUGAAGGAAACCUGGAGGGGGACGGAGGUGGGGGGCGCGUUGACCGGUCGUGCCUCCAGCAGCCCGCUGCUUGGGGAGACCCUGAAGGCAACAGGAUCCUUGUCUGGCUCCUGCUGGCCUGCGUGAGGGGAAGGGGACAUGCAGGAGCGCAGCCAGCUCCACGCUCGGCCCCCUGCCCGCAUCUUGGGGGUGCGCCUCUGCUCCUGCCCACCUCUGCAGGAAUUCUCAGGUGGGCCCAACCCUGGGGAGCCAGCCUGCAGGGACAGGGCACGCAGGCCCCUUCUUGGGGGUCUCGGCCCAGCUGCACGGGGGAGCAGGGAGAAGGGCAUGGCACACCUGUCAACACGGCCCAGUAGCUCCGGGAGCCGCUCAGGUUCAUCAGGUAGACCUCCCGGACGCGGCCCUGGUUCACGAAGCAGGUCCCGAAGUCCACCCAGCUGGUGGAGAGCUGCAGCUCGGGCACGGCCACGACGGCCCGCAGGGGCACCACCUUGCGGGGGACAGAACCUUUAACUUGGUGGGGACUGGGUGACCUUACCCACUCCCACUGGGCUCUGACCCAGGGACACAGGGGCCCUGCCGACCCCAAGUACUGCAGCUUCUGAGGGACGUACAGGCAGCACCACAGCUGGUGGAAGGGGGCCAGCGCUGUCAUCUAAAGCCGGGGAAUGCUGGUGGGAUUCUGGGCAGGAAAAGGGCCAGGAAGGCGCCAUCUGCUCCCCUCUGACUCCCCUGCCACCCCUGCCCUGGAUCCAGCUCUGUGGUUUCUGCUCCCUGGUCGGGCCGCCUUACUGCCUUCCUCUCCCCUCUCGUCUGGCCCUCUGCUCCCCUUGGGCCCUGGGCCAUCUAACCUUUUCCCUUGGCCUCUCCAACUCAGGGCAGGAGGGGCUGUGGUGUGGAGCUGUCACAGUCCACAGAACCAGAACGAGGCCCGUGGUAUUCUCACCUGGUGCUCGCAGUCCCGCACGAGCCCAGGAGGCGUCCCUCAGCUGCUCAGUCCCCACCCAUCAGGCCAUUCCCUUGGCCUGGUUUCCCUUCUCUCUCUGUUAAACAGCAUGCAGGCUUCGUAUGCCACCUCCUCCUCCAGGAAGCCUUCCCUGAUUUUGCACCCUACAGCACCCCACCUCGCUCUGAGCUCCUAAGACAGAAGCAGAUUCUGAGUGAAGACCAUCUUUUUCUCUCCACUCGCGCUCUGCUGAAUGUCCACUCCAGACAACAUCUGGUCAGCCGGGAGCUUCUGAUAGGAGAGCAGCUCCAGGGAGAGGGAAAAGGACACAUUCACCUGAGCAGAUGUGGACAAGCCGUCACCUCAGACUGCUGGAGGUGGGCGGCAGCCUCCCCGCCCAGAGCUCCAUCCUUCCCUCCUGCGGACCCUGCCUGGUGCAUUCACUCCUCACCCUGUGCCCUGUUCCCCGCCCAACAGCUGUCAGUACCGGGGACAGGGCUGAGCGGCCCUCGGGAGCUGAGAGGCCGGAGGAUUGUGCGGCUCCACUCGCGUGACCAGGGCUGCGGGCAGGCCCGUAGGCCCAAGUCAGGCCUGUGUCUUUGUUCUGGGGGCAGUGAGGAGCCCCUGCCGGGUUUUAAGCAGAGGAUGUGCAGUCAGCUUUGCCUUCCUCAGGGGCCACCCUGGAGGCUGUGGGGAGGGGGCUGGGGGAGCAUGAGUGGGUAUCUGGGGUCCAGGGUGUAACUUGGGCCUAACAGGAUGGGGCUUGUACACGGGGCUCCCCAACCCAGGUCUGUGGACCCAGAUCCACAGAUUCAUCAAAGGCACCUGUUAGGGAAACGUGUUCCUGGGCCUCAGCCCAGAUCUUCUCAUCUCUGGCAGUGGGGCCUGGGGAACGGUGUUUCUGGUGUGCCUUAUGUUUAUGGAAAGAUGGUGAUGAAACCCUGCGUGAGGGCACACAAGAAGGGGGGUCUGUGCCGCGUGGAGGUGCUCGCAGGACCAGGACACUGGUGGAGGGAACUCGCGAGUGUCCACACUGAUAGGUCUGGGCGUUCCUGCGCGUGGAGGGCCUGUGCGGAGGGGUUUGUUGGACAUGGUGCGUGUGAUGGGUGUCCGCCCCUGAGCGCACAGCGCACGGCGGGGCCAAGCGUGUGGUUCGUGUGUGGACACCACUGUCUGUGUCUAUGUCCCGACCUGGAGGGUGCUGCAUGCGCAAACGUGAGAGGAGGGUGAGCCCCAGCCCAGGUGAGUGUGCCCACUGUAGGCAGGGACCACAGAAGCUCCCACUGACCAGCAUGUUCUCCUGUGGGUAGAGUACCAGCUGCUUGCCGGCUGCUGCUGUCCCCUCCUUGCACUCCUGCUUCCAGCUGGGACCGGGAGCCCUGUGGCUGCGGCUCACUCCAUCUUGAGAAACAGAGAAGGGCCUGGAGACCAGGAGCCGGAAGUAGUGUGGGAUGUCCGUGGUGUUGGUCAGCUUCAGGUGGUGGGUGGUCACCAGCUCACUCAGCACCUGGGCGGCCACAGAGGUCGGGGAGGGGACUCAAUUCUGCCCUCCGGAACCUCUGACUCGGGUGGGGGGUGGGGGGUCCCGGG